UUUCCUGCUGUGAAAUUCUAAGAAUUUUUUAGAAAUAAAAUAUAGCUUCAAAGCAUAUUUUGUGGUCUCAUUUACACCUUGGAGUGGAAAGAUGAAGGUGUUUCUGUGGUUUUUAUGUUGUUUAAAAUUUUCUGCAAGUCAGUUGAGUCCACAGGGCUCAAACGUCUGCAGAAAAGCAGUGGCUUAUAAUGCGUAUGAAAGCCGAAGAUUGUACAGGGUUUCAUACCACAGUUACAAGACUAAGACUGGUCUUUUUGGUUGGUGGCGCAAAACUCGAUACAGAACUUCUGCUACUGCGUAUUACAACAGAAUUCUCGUCACGAGAUACAGAAAUACUUACAUUUGCUGCAGUGGAUGGUCAAGAAGAUAUGAUGCAUGUCCUAUACCUAUUUGUGCAAGCGGUUGUGGCAAUGGUAGAUGCACAAGUCCGAACAAAUGUACAUGUCACAGUGGUUACCAUGGAGAUAGAUGCCAAUAUGAUAUCAACGAGUGUUAUUCUAGACCAUGUGACCAGAACUGUAGAAACCUUCCUGGUACAUACGCUUGCACCUGCAGAGCUGGUUUCACGAAAACGAAUCCACGCAAUCCAACCGAUAGAUCUUGCACAGAUGUGAAUGAAUGUUCUGCUAGUCCCUGCUCGUGUAGUAACUCUGUUUCGAGUUGCCGCGCAUCAUGCAGAAAUACUAUUGGGAGUUAUUCAUGCUCGUGCAACUCAGGCUUUCAAUUGAACUCUGCAGUGAAAACAAUUUGUGUGGAUAUCGAUGAAUGUUCUUCGUCCACACUCCAUAAAUGCCAUCAUCUCUGCUACAAUACGCCUGGUUCAUUCUUUUGUAAAUGUCGGGCGGGCUUUAGAUUAUCCAGUGACUCUAAAACUUGCACAGACAUAGACGAGUGUAAGUCACUUAAUGGAGGAUGUGGUCAUAUAUGUACCAAUCAGGUCGGCUCAUUUCAGUGCUCGUGUCGGAAUGGCUAUGAAUUAUUAUAUGACAAAAAAAGAUGCGGUGACAUUAAUGAGUGUUUUGUUCAAACUCCUUGCGACCUUUCAAAAAGUAUGUGCCACAAUUACCCUGGCUCAUAUCAGUGUGUCUGCAAAACAGGAUACCGAAUACUGCCGAACAACAGGACAUGCAUAGAUAUCAAUGAAUGCACUACUACAGUGGAAAUAUGUCAACAUCAAUGCACAAACAGUGAAGGUUCAUACUCAUGCUCUUGUAAAGCUGGAUACCAAUUGAAUGAAGACAAACAUAAAUGCGAUGAUAUUGAUGAGUGCAAAUUAGAAAGUCAUAGAUGUGAUCACAAAUGUCAGAACACAAUAGGUUCUUACACAUGCUCCUGUAGAAAUGGAUAUACCUUGAAUGCUGAUGGUUUCACAUGUCAGGCUCUUCCAUGCAUACGUAUAUCAAAGCCUGCAUUUGGAAUAAUAAAUUGUACUGGUUUUGUAACAGAUUCCGUUUGUAACUUUUCCUGUUCGCUUGGUUUUGAGUUGCAAGGUUCAAGCAGACGUGUUUGUUUAUCUAGCACCACUUGGUCAGGACAUAAAGUUUCAUGCAAACGAAAAACAUGCCCAACUCUUCUUCAACCAACUCAUGGAUCAAUUAUUAUACCUUGUUUUCAACUAUUUGGUUCCACUUGCAUAAAACGAUGUCAGGAUGGAUAUUACUUAGAAGGCAAUCGAACAACAAAAUGUGUUUCAAAUGAAAAGAACAUGGUAUCAUGGAAUAAUAAAGAUACAUAUUGCAAAGUUAUCACGCCUUGUCAACCAAAUCCUUGUCAUCACAAUGGAGAAUGUACACAGCUAUCAAAAGUAGAGUACAGUUGCAACUGUGACGGGACUGGAUUUGUAGGAAAAUACUGUCAAAUCGCCAUGGUUAUUGUUUCAGAGCCCCCACCUGUAUUUGUUGGGAUUGAGUCUGAACCUAUAAUUAUCACAACUAGAGCUGAGAAAAGUAUUGAAAUCAAGUUCCAUGAAAAAACUGGAUUGUUAAGGUUUUUACCAAACCCAGUUGUGUUAAAGUAUCCUAAAUUGCAGGCAAAGUUUAAAAUCAAGUCAAAUCAUUCUGGAGUAUAUAGAGUAAAGUACAGCAUCAAUAGCAAUGAUUUGCCCCUACUUCCUUUACCAGAUGAUGUUGUACAUGUGUUUCAAGCAAGUGUUCCUGAGCCUGUCAAAAUUGAAAGUGAUAUUUUCAAGCAAGGUUGUCAACAGCAAGAGCUCUUAGGUAACGUUUCUUUAUCUUCUACCUGUGAGUGGAAUAACAAUGGAACAUCUGGAUUGGUGACAGUAUCUGCUCCUUUUAUAAGCAACAUUCCUUUCUCCAUGAAUGGUCUUGCUAAAGAAACCUUUGACACAUUAUCACACAAUGGUACCAUGGAGCCUGUAGGGGAAAUCCUACAACUGUUAGAACAAAAUAAAUUUGCAACAUGUCCCAAACAAUGUAAUUCAAGUGUGAAUGGCAAGAGAAAGAUAGACUUUUUAAUAGGCAACUAUUACUUUCCAAAGUAUGUAUUUAAAGCACUGGAAAAUCUUCUUCCGAACUGGUUUAGUAUAGCUUUCAGUGAAAAAGAACACAAAUACGAUCUUGAGAACUUACACUCAAAAAUCGUUAAAGCUAACAAAUUGGAAAGCUAUCCACCAUGCAAAAAACUCCAUUACAUUGAAGAUACAGGUGACCAAUACAUUGUGUACACACCAAAGAUGUUUAUGGAGUUUCAGUUUCAGUCAAGUAUACAGAAAGUAUCAGAUUUAACAGCAACUUGUUUUUAUGUUAACCUGAACAAGGGAAUUGUCUCCGUGAAUGUUGAUAAAGGGCUUGACAUCUUUAAUGAUUUUGCAACACUUGGUUUACCUAUCAGUCGCUUUACAGUAACUUCGCUAGCUUUCACUCCAUCGGUGCAUAAAAUUAAGCAGUGUGUUUUUACUGGGGCAAAACAAUUUUGUAUUCAUCCAGUCAUGAAGAUAAAUAGUCGUAUUACAUCUACCUUCCACAUGAACAAGUUCACGUUCAAUGGUAGCAUUUCCCUGGAAACAUAUAACCUUAACGAGUUACUACCGAAAAAAUUAGACGCAGCAUUUAAAUGUCUUUAUUCUGGCUCGUUCAAUUAUGAAAUGAAAUUAAACUUUCUUGGAAAGACAUUAAAAUUAAAAGGUAUGGAUCAAUAUUUGGAUGGAUCAAUGCACCGAUCAGAUUCAUUAGGGUAUUGGGACAUCACAAUGAAUCCAAUCCUGACUGCGUCUUCUUUUUUGUAUGAUUAUUCCACAAUAACAUUUCAACCAUUUAAUAAUUCGUUUCUUAAAAUGUCAUUGAAAGGAAAUGGUGGGAUGGUAACUGGCAUUGGGGAUGUACUAAAAACCAUACUGAUUCUGAGAACAUAUCAACGAUAUUUUCUAACAUAUACAUCAGCAUUGGAAAAUGGACUAAAGGUAAAACAUGGUGACUUAGCUAAAAUAGUUGCUUCAUUAAAAGAGUCUGUGGAAUUCCCGUUAAACGCACUGGUGCAAGAGUUUAUAGGAAAAAAUAGUAACUAUCACAAAAUUAUCAAACUCUUUAAAAGAGUAAAGGAGAAUCUAUUUAACAUUGAAGCAUUUGCCUCCACAUUAAAAUAUUGGUUAAAAUCAAAACAGAUCUCAGAAUUUGAUCAAAACAUUACCUUCAUUUUACACUACACAGCAGGUAUUAAGGCAAUACAAAUAAUCCCAACAUUGUCUCCAGUUACAUUUUAUCAAAAAGAUAUUAUCAUUUCCUAUUUUGGAAAGAUAUGUUUGUACAACCUGUGCUUAGAUGAUAUGUUGGUUAGACUUCAAUAUGAAAUCAAUGGAGGUCGAGUUAUCAUAGUUUCAACCUUUACUACAGCUAGAAAUCUAAGUGCACGUCUACGUGUAAAGAAAGGCGAUAUGCUUUAUCUAAGUAUAUCUAAACAGAAGCAUCAGUUUUAUGGUUAUAUGAAUAUUUCCAUAAAGAUGUUCAAGGACUUUUACGAUACAGUUUUAAACAUCACUGAAUUGCAGCUUUCAUUUAAAUUUCGCGCACAGCUGAGCACAAAAUAUCAGUUUGAUGUUUUUGGUCAUUCCAACCUUCAAGAUGUUUUGAGUUGGAAGAAUGUCAUUCAAGAGAUUAGGGGAGAAUCAUCAACAAUGUCACAUCAUCUUAAUACGGUCAUGCAAAGAAAUUUUGAAAAGAUAGCCAAGGAUACAAAUAAACGACUUCACCUGUCAAGGCAAAGGUUAUCUGGUGUCAGAGCUAAACUAAACUCCUUAAAAGAAACGCAAAUUAUAAGAAAGACCCAAUAUGAGAAUGCUUCAGCAGAAUAUCGCCGCGCUUAUGCUUUAUAUCAACACACAAUCAUUCAAUUAAACACAAGUCAACAGGAGAUGGAAUCAUACACGUACAUAAAAAGGUUGUAUAUAGAGAAAAACUUAAGCGGAAUAUGUCCUAUACAAACUUGUAAGCAGAAAUGCUUGUACGUACCAGUGUGUAAAAUUUGUCAGGACAAGGUUUUUAGGAUUGUGAAUUACCUCAAAUGCGACCAAACAGAAGAGAACGUUCGAACUGUUAUUGACAAAUCAUGCCCUUCCACUUGUGAUUUGGUAAAACAUAUUUUCAUUCCACGUUACACAGGGACAUGCAGACAAGAUCCACGUGAACAAGCUGUUAUUGAUGCAGUUUUGAACAAGGCAAUAUCGGUAGUGACAACUAAAGCAGGAAAAGUAAUAGGUUCAAUAUUUGGGCCUAUUGGAGGGGUAAUUGGAGGGUUUAUCGGUAAGGCAAUUGGAUAUAUCGUUGGCAUGUUUGUUUCAUGCAGCAGGACGUAUGAAGUAACUACCAAGAAAAUUCCUUACAGCCAGCCAUGUUUGUUACCUUGCAAGACCACAGAAGUGCUUACCAGGAAAAUAUCUACAUGCUACAACAAACAAGCAAAUGUUCAGGGUCGUUCCAAUGUUACCAGACAAUGCAACUGUGUGCGAUCUUGCGUUUCUAAGGUGGCUGAGGUCACUUGCACACUAAAUAACUACAACUGUAUCAAAAAAAGACAGUUAUUCCUGAAGAUGUCUGAUAAAAUUCCUAAAAAGUUUGCAGACUUGUAUGAAAGUAUCGAGAAACAGAAAACAAACGUUGCAGCUUUGCGCACUAGAUCACGAAGUCUUUUACGCAGUAGAGAGUUCUUCAAAGAAGAGCUGAAGAAAAGCAACAUUACACUCUCAAACGCACAACAUGAGCAAAAAUUGAUCAAACGGAAAGACUUAUCAGCUACAGCGAUACUAUCACACGAAAUUUGUAUUAUGGCAAUGUUUAAUCGCCACCCAAACUUGUCAAAUGUUAUACACGCAUCCAGCCCUGUUACAUUUAAUGGUACACUCCCAUUCCUACAAAAUAUAUUACUUCGUCUUGACUUUGCGGAUAAAGUACAAAAUAAAACUACUGAGUUUGUUUUUGUUUACUCGUUCGAUGAUGCAGAAUUGUCUUUGAAAACAGCAAUGAAGAAUAUUUUAGUGAAAUCGUUUUGUAAAUCCAGAAGAAAAAGGAGAUCAGUGGAUGUGGAACAAAUUAAAGAAAAAGGUUACAUCAAAUCGUGGUUUGGUAAUGAAACAAAUGAGGCUCCAAUGCAGAAAGCUUGUGUUCAGCUUAAACACACUUCUGAUCUUGUUAGGUAUGCUUUGUUAUCACUGCAAAAUUUAACUAAAGAUGCAUUGGAACUAAAAGCCAUGGUGAACGCAACCGAGAGGUCAUUACAGUUCAACAAAAUGGAAACUAAAAAGGAUGUGUUAAACGCGCAACAUGAAACGAUUUCGUCUUUGAAAUACGAAGUAUCUAUCUAUCGUAACAAAACCACGGUAUUUUACGUGCUUUCACAGUGGAAAGAGAACAUGGAGUUCUACAGAAGUGAACAAAACAUAUCAUUUUGUCUUGCGUUUGUAGAUUGCUUAGUUAGUUCUGUAAGUGAUUUGAUAAACUUGCCAUCAAAUUUUAACAACAAAGAUAAAUUUUACAGAACAUUAUCCAACAUUACAAACUCAAUUGCAGAGUUAGGAAGAGAAGAAAAUGUAGAUACAUAUACCUUGGAAUUUCUAUUUCUGGAGACCACUAAACUGAUGGAAGGCAUUGAUACUAUUCUAAAGGAAAGCUUCCACUGCAAAGCACUUCCGAAGUUGAUUUCUGUAAAUACAACUUACUACGACGUUGAAAAUGGAAGCAGCAUUACCCUAGUGUGUGGUACUGUUCAAAGUGAACUCUCAGUGUUGUAUACCUGGAAGCAUAAUGAAAAAAUCAUCGAUGAAGAAACGAAAAACGCUUUAACGAUGAUCGUUAAGUUAUCUGAUCGUGGUAACUACGUCUGUGAGGUGAGAUCUAAAGUAGGGACAGUUUCUUCAAACGCUACAUACAUUAAUGUUUAUGAAAAACCAAAGUUUAUUGAAGACCUCACAGAUUUGAUGCUUUUUCUUCCCAACAUAAGAAAUGUUUCCUCUACUUUGGUAUGUAAUGUAUCAGCUUUUCCAACACCAUCUUACAAGUGGUUCUUUCAAACGUUUGAUAUGUUGAAAGCACCGAUUGAGUUGGAAGCUAAGUCAAUAGCAUAUUCAAUACCUGAUGUCAAUGCCACCCAUUCUGGAUAUUAUUAUUGCAAAGCUAGCAACGAAUUUGGUGAAGUUACUAGCAGUUUUACCCGAUUGGACGUCCUUGAGAUUCAAUAUCCAAAUUUUGUGCUUGAAAUUGGCGUUAACGUAUCUGAUAUUGUUUUUGCAAAUGCUAGUGUUGAUUUAAAGACAGUUAAUUCUUCCUAUUUUGCACCUAUCUUAAACAAAAUGAGCAUAUCUGACUGCCAAAAUAUAACAGCCACUUUUAAUGAGUCGCGUCUCUCAAUCACUAUGUCAUCAUUUGCUAAGGAAAUUAUUUUUAACAAAACAAUGGAGGAUGUUUUCGACUUCAAUGUAAAGUCAAGGCAAGACUUAUCUUUGUCAGCUGCAGUAUUUCUUCAACAGAUAUCCAAUUCUUCUAUUGUGUUUAUUAAUGACAAUUCCAGUUAUUUCAGUAUAGUUGAGGAUUCAUUGUCUGUUAACGUACGAUUUAACAUUUGUCAACGUGGAUAUAAAAUUCAUGAGAACGGAUUAACAUGCGUCCAAUGUCCUGCUGGAACGUAUGCAAACGACGAAGGUGUCUGCGUUGCUUGUAAGGAAGAUCAUUAUCAAGACUUACCUGGUCAAACAUACUGCAACAAAUGCUAUUUACAAAGAACAGAUAAGACCAAAAACAAUAUGAGCAGGCACUAUUGUGAAAAACGCGAAGGAAAAGUUGCAGUGGAAGCUCAUGAACAGGACUAUACAUCGAUCAUACUUGGUUCCACUGCUUUUUGUCUCGUGUUUGUGGUUUUGUUUAUUAUACUGUAUGUUUACAAGAAGAAACGCAGCUUUAAAAAAUAUGUGGUGCGCUCGACAUACAAGACACUGGAGAUGGACGAACCCUGCUCAAGGGAACCCUGCCAAAGGUUAUUGUACAUACGUGACAACCCCACUUAUCAGGCGUGUCGUCACGACGAAACAUCAGUCGUGAAUUCUUCUCAGGAUUGCACUACAGAUGGUGAAACCAAACAGGCUAUCAUCAAAUUACAACGUUACUAAGAUUGUUAAAGAUUUAUUUUAAAUUGACGAAAGUUUAUUUUUGUGACGAAAAGUGGUUUGUUUAGAGCGUCAACUUUUGAUUUUUCUAAUAAGAAAUACUUUAUGACUAAUAUUUCUAUUGUGAUCAGCUCUAUUUCAUUUGAUUUUGUUAGACAAACAGGUGUAUCUAUGAUUGAACAGAAAUUGUACAAGACAAGACAAAUAGUUUGAUAACGAAACUUAUACAAUUUCUUUUUAUUCAAACGCAUUAAAGAACAUUUCUUCGUCUCACGAAGCAGUAAUCAUUCAUUUUGUUUUGUCUUGUAAGUUGCAUUGAUCGUCGAAUAGCGACAGACAAACAAAUUUUCAAAGAUAGAAUUUUUAUCAUUUUUAUAUACAGCAAAUUAUAUGUGAUUUAUGACAAAAUAUUAAUUCUAAAGUAA